GUCACGAGACAGUCCCAUGUUUAAACUGUGCUGGAGGGCAGGUAGUAAAGCUCCGUUUGGAGAAACACUGUACAAGAAGAUAAAAGCCGUUUUCUUCUGCUAUACUUGUAAUUGGGAAAUUGCUGAUUCGCUCUGAAUGUGGCACGAAAGCGCCGAGCGUCCGAUUAGUUUGCAGGAGUGCGCUAAAUACGAGAGAAACCCCGCGGUGAGAACGGCCGCUCCGCUGUAUGCAGUUCAAAGGGAGACGCGAAGACGAAGCCGACGAAAAGCGCUUCUCGCCGCUUGCAAAGAAUCGGAUGUGCGAGCAUUAGACCCACAUCAAUGCAAACGACAUCUUCUUCUGUAUGUUUCCAAAUCGCCAUUGUUGCGCUUUAGCUGCGUGAUACUGAGUGGAGGUUGUGGCUUCCGGUAUUGAAAGGACUAUCUGUCUGAAAUAUAGCAGUGCAUCGACAGGGAGCAAGCGCCUGCUUUCCCCGAUGAACAACGAAAUCUGUUGUUUUACGGAUAAGAGCAAACCUAGAGUCUCGUAGCAUAAUUGAUUUGACACACCUGGAGGAGCCUACACAAGAAUACAAUAAGGAGAGCGUCCCGUUUGGAAAAAGCACUGCCUGCGAUUGGAGUACAACAUCAGCGAGCCUGAACUCAUUUAUGUCUGUCUGUCCUUCUGUAUAAAAAUACACAUAUAUCUAGAGAGAAAGAGACAGAUCGAUAGAUAGAUCUCCAUACUAAGGCACGCAUACACGUGCUGUAAAUAACACAAUAAGACAUUUAAGUUGAUUUUAUUUCAUGGGGAUGUGUUCACGGCAAGAGAGAAUACAAAAAGACGUCGACAUUGUAAUCCAGAGCUGCAAGGCAGAGAAGAACUGCCCUUUUUCUGAUUUUCGAUACUCGGACUCCACGUUCACCUUUAGCUGCAUAAAAGGCCAGAAAAGAGUUUCCUACUCCGUACACGUUUCAGAAGACUAUCCAGAUAAUACAUAUGUGUCCAAUUCUGAAAAUGAUGAUGAUGUACUAGUUACCCGGGAUCCCAUUCCUGUUAUUUUUCACAGAAUAACUUCAGAAAUUAGAAUAAACAGUGAUGCCACCAGCUGCCUGUCCAUUAAAACAAAGCUACAAAAUGACAGGACACAGGAUUCAAGACUCAAUAGUGCCAUAGAAGAAGAUUCUGAAGGUGACAAUGACUCAGAGGAGUUUUAUUAUGGCGGUCAGGUGAAUUAUGAUGGGGAACUCCAUAAGCAUCCGCAGCUUGAGGCAGACUUGGCAGCAGUGAGGGAAUUGUAUGGUUCUAAUGCGGUAUCUCUCAGGGAAUAUGGUGCAAUUGAUGAUGUAGAUAUCGAUUUACACAUCGAUGUUAGCUUUCUCGAUGAAGAAAUUGCUGUUGCAUGGGAUGUUAUUCGUAAGGAACCUGUAAUUGUGAGGCUGCAUUGUUCUCUUACACAAUAUUUAAAUGGACCCGUUCCUACAGUUGAUGUGUUCCAGGUUUCUACAAAGGACAGAUUUGGCCUUGGACAUCAGUUAAAAAAGAUAAUGCAAACAUUUGUUACUCAGCAAUGGAAAAAUCAGAGUAAAGAAAAAUUAGUCUGCCCAUAUAGCAAAAAACUUCCGGAGAAGAAGGUCAAAUCCCCCCUGCAUAUCUUUUCUACAUUGCGCAGAUCUCCUAGUUAUCCCCCACCUGGCAGUGGAAAGAGCAAAACAAAACUUAAACCUGACCAAGAUGGAAUGACAAAAUCCCACAAACUCUUACGGAGAACUUGUUCUAGUGCAGUCAAGACAGAGGAUGGGUGCAUGAACAAGUCUCAUAAACCACUUGGACGUUCUUUAUCCAGUGACCCAAGGGCUGAACAGACAUUGGCUUUGAAACCCCAUAAACUCUUGAACCGGACCUGUUCUGCUUCUGUAAAGCAGGAUGAUUGUGCCUCUUUAAAGCCCCAUAAACUGUUAUCCAGGUCAUGUUCUGGUGACCCUAGAUGCGAGCACAAUAACAAUAGCACCCUGAAGCCCCACAAGCUUUUGAGCAGGUCUUGUUCUAGCACUAUACGCACAGAGGAGCUUGAUGGCUUGAAGCAUCAUAAAUUGUUAAGUCGGUCCUACUCGAGCAAUACCAAAGUGGGGAAAGCUGAGCCCUUCAAGGAGCAUGAUUCUGAGGGCAGGCGACUCUCUCUUACCUCAGGGCUUAUUGGCAUCCUUACACCUUCUAUAUCCUACCAGCCUGUUCAAAAUGACACUUCCAAGUCAGUUCCAGCAAGUGAGCAUGGUUUUCUUGUUCAGACUGUUCAGUAUGCAGAGCAGAGAAUCCCUAUUCUUAAUGAGUACUGCGUCGUUUGUGAUGAGCCCCAUGUGUUCCAGAAUGGACCAAUGCUAAGACCUACAGUUUGUGAACGUGAGCUGUGUGUCUUCGCAUUUCAGACAUUGGGUGUAAUGAAUGAAGCUGCUGAUGAAAUUGCUACAGGAGCCCAGGUUGUAGAUUUAUUAGUUUCCAUGUGUAGGUCAGCACUAGAGUCUCCAAGGAAAGUUGUUAUUUUUGAGCCAUAUCCUUCAGUGGUUGAUCCUAAUGAUUCACAGACUCUUGCCUUUAAUCCAAGGAAAAAGGACUAUGACAGAGUAAUGAGAGCCCUGGACAGCCUUACAUCCAUUAGAGAAAUGACCCAGGCACCUUAUUUGGAAAUCAAAAAACAGAUGGAUAAAAUUGAUUCAUUGGCUCAUCCACUUUUACAGUGGAUCAUUUCAAGUAACCGGUCACACAUUGUAAAGUUACCAGUAAACAGACAACUGAAGUUCAUGCACACCCCUCAUCAAUUUCUUCUGCUAAGCAGUCCACCUGCCAAAGAAUCCAACUUUAGAGCUGCCAAAAAACUCUUUGGAAGUACAUUUGCUUUUCAUGGUUCACAUAUCGAAAACUGGCAUUCUAUAUUGAGGAAUGGUUUAGUUGUAGCAUCUAACACCAGACUUCAGCUCCAUGGUGCCAUUUAUGGAAAUGGAAUAUAUCUAAGCCCUUUGUCCAGUAUUUCCUUUGGUUACUCAGGGAUGAACAAAAAGCAGCAAAAAGUGGCAUCUAAGGAUGAAGUUACUUCGAGCAACAGAACCAAUGCUUCUGUGCAGUUGCAGAAAAAAGGACUCCAACCACAAUUUUUGCAAAGUCGCAAUUUGAAGUGCAUAGCCUUAUGUGAAGUUAUUACUUCUCCUGAUCUGCACAAACAUGGUGAUAUAUGGGUAGUUCCCAAUACAGAUCAUGUCUGCACAAGGUUUUUCUUUGUGUACGAAGAUGGUCAAGUUGGAGAUACAAGCAUAAAUACCCAAGAUUUCAGCAUCCAUAAGGAAAUACUCCGAGUUAUAGGAAAUCAGACUGCUACUGGAUGAGCAAAAAUACGAGUGAUUAGAAAUAGGAAAAUAGGAAAUGGUAUAUUAUUAGUGAUGCCUAAAUAGGUUUCUUCAGUCUCAGAGCUGGAAUUUGAGCUGGUAAAUUAAUAAUUUUUAAGAAACAAUACACUAUUAAGUAUCUAAAUAUAUUUAGAAAUCCCACAAGGGUUACAAGGUUUCUAUCCCAAGUACUUUUAAUGUUGUUAUAUUUUAAAUUAUAACACUUUGUUAUUAGACAGUAGAGUCAUGUGAACAUUGAGUUGAAGAGACAAGAAAAAAAAACAACUAUGGUAAUUUCUUCACUAGCCUAAUGACGGCUGAAUUUAAGUAAAGAUAUUCUUCCCGCCUUUAUUGAAAAGUAACUAAAUAAUAAGUUAAUUUUUAAGCGCUGAGCCUAAAAAUGCAAGUUUUUUGGUCUUUAUGUCUACAGUUACCUGCAGGAAUGGGCACCUCUCUAGCACAAUCCCUUGAUGAGUAUUUUGCAUUUCUUGUUGAAAGAGCAGUCCACUUUGUGUCUUAAAAUGCUGAGGUCCCCUGAGUGAAUGUGGGUGUGUUGUUGAGUGGCCCCAGUGAUGGAGUGCCACCCUGCCUAGGGCUGGCAACGUAGGCAGUGGCUCUCUGUAAUCUGCAUUGUAUAGCUGUAAUACUAUAGUGACUGAGGACAUUUUAAAUAUUCCUUAGGUUGCUGUUGUAUCUGCUCAACUUCAAGUACAAACUAUGGCUAUGUCAGCCCUACUUCAUUUUCAUUUAAAAGCAAUCUCCAUCCAUACCAGCAUCAUUACGAACGUGUCUCCAUUCACACUAAAACGACCAAAAACACAUACGACAUAGAAGUCUGCCUACACUGGGCACGAGUGCAUUAGCAAAAAAAAUCCUUGAAGGGGUGGUAACACUGCCAGCCAUGGGAUUUAUCACCAAACUGUAGAAGCCAGUAAAUUUAUUCGUCUUUUGUGAAUAUAAUGCAACAUUCAAACUCUAUAAAACACAAUUUAGAUUGAUACAGGUAAGCAACACAUCAGACAUCAGAUUGGAAAACAAUCUUCUAUGUCCUCUGUGUUGGAAUACCAAUCAAAGAAUGAGACCUUGUAAUAAGCAGGAUCCAAUUUAGGGAAUGUCCAUGUAAUAAAGUUGAACAAAUCAGAGCACAGUUAGAGUCUACAUUUUUGUAUAUCCAUGUUACAAUGCUCAAGUUGCAUUUUGUUCAGCUAUGGAGAGCAUUUCCAAAGGUCCUCAGAUUUUUCAUCUCAACACAGCAGUGUAGUGUGAACGAAAAGCAGAAACGGAGACAAAUGUCUGCAUUUUUAAACAAAAAUGUAGUAGUGUGGAUGGGGCCUAAGUUUUGUUGUGCCAGUGGGUCUUGUUUAUUGUUAAUCGUUCCCCCAAUCACUAAACAGUGCAGAGAACUAAACAACUCACUGGUCUAUCUCAGUAUAUUAGGGUUAUGCAAGUUGAAUAGUAGGAGGUAGAUUUUUAGAACACAAAAGAUUAACCAAAAAUUGCAUAACUGCAAGACAAAAAUAGGAACCAAAACAACUUCAUACUGGGCAGACAGAUUUGCUUUUUAAUGGCUUUGCUGAGCUUUCACCCAAAAUGUCAGAUGUUUUGCAUUAUAGAUUAGUUUUUUUUUUGUUUUUUCUAGAUUUCACUUCUGCUUUAUUUUCAUAUGCUUACUAACAGCAAUGCUUUUUUAAUAUUGUGAUAAUACUGAUAUAUUUCAUUCUCUUCUUUGUGACGUCAUAUUAAUGCUGUUUUAUUGAUAACAGAUUUAAAGCCAUUAAGCAGCUGGCUUAUUUUUAAAUGUAAAAUAUGUAUAAUACUUAAAAGCCUUACAGAGUUCUGCUCAUACAGUCGCUCCAUUUUAUUCCUAAUUUUGAAGUAGCAUUUUUUGUAAAUAUUAUUCACCCAGUUACUAAGAUCCGUAGCUUAUCAUGUCAGCAACAGUCAUGAGCAGAGUACAAGAUUAACCUGCAACUCGAAGAAACUUGAACUUGACCCACUUUACACACAAACGAUGAGUGCCAUUUCAAACAUAUUGUGGGACCUUGAGUGACAUCUUUGCAACUAAAAUUCCUAUUCCAUACGCUAUUAUAGUUUGAAAAAAGUUUUUCUACCUUUUGAUUAGUCAUAUCAGACCUGAAAACUGAAGUUACAAAUUUUAAUUACAUUGUACAGCAUGGAUCACCACUCACGGUCUCGGAGGGCCACAUGGUACCUGCAGGUUUUCACUUUAACCAUUCGGACCCAAUUAUUUGCUGAAACAAUCUGUUUUUCUGGCUUAAUUUUAUCUAACUCACUUGUUACAAUUCAGAACCCUUAAUUUCCUAUUUUAGUUUUAAGCAGAUGAAUUUAGGUUUUUUAACCAGCCACCAGUUUAUUAUGAAAUGCAAAUACAAACCUCUAGCAUUCAGCUAACUUGGUUCAAUUUACAAUUGGGAAUGUGCAUUAUGAAGUAACAUAUCUACGUAAUUAAAAUGUUUAGAAAUAAAUGAGAGAGGAACGUGAAGUGUAGAUUUGUUCUGGUCCAGGAAACAUGGAUAAUGUUCUCAGAAAAAGAGAAAAUCAACAAUAAAAAGAAAAUUUGUUUUGGUUGAAGUACUGUUAUCAGCAAGGACCAUCUUCUGAUUAGAAAACCGGUUAGAACUGAAACCUGCGACCCUCCAGGACUGUGAGUGAAGGUCCCUGUGUUAAUGUAAUGCAGUGUUCAUGUGCUGUAAACUAAUCGGAGCCCUGCGUUGUGACAUUUCACAUUGCCACUUUAUUGCAUUCAUGAUGGUUUCCAUUUGGGCUAUUUGGAGAAACGCAAGGUUCCUGUCUACUUGCAAUUUGGUCUGUGGAAAACAAACAGAAAUUAAAGUUGAACACCAUUUUUGGUUGGAAAUAAAGAGCAAAAAUAUGUAUUAAAUGUGUAUCACUACACUCCAAAUUCAGUUAAACCAAAAACUAAGGUGAUAGGUCAGUGUUCUGUCACAACUCGGACAAUUGUUUUGUCUGAAUUGUCUGACUUGCAGGUUGGUGGAGCACUCACAUGGAAUUUCUGAUUUGAAAGCUCAUAUUUACCAUCUGAGAGUACAUGAAUGCAGCAUUAGUUUACAUAAGAACAGAACUAAGAAUACAGCAGCGUGCAGCAUAAUGCCCAUCUGGGCAGUGUCCAACCGCAUAUACAAUAUGUCAAGUGCUUCCAUAAGGUUAUAAUAGAGUUCAGAAAUCUGAGAGCAGGGCGUCGUGAAUGCAACAGCUUUCUGCACACAACACAUGCAUACCAUAUCUGUCUCUUGUAUACAAAGUGAGUGCACUGCUAGUACUGCACUGAACUUUCAAUUGUUAUUUUAAUGUGAAUUUUCCAUACUUACAAAUAAAAACCAUGCAAGUGUACGGCUUCCACUCAUAAGCAGCAGCACUCCAUCUUGUGUAUCUCGCAUCUCUUGUGUCGUUCUCUGUCUCUAUUUAGCUUUGCACACAUUUCCUGCCCUUACACACCACUGUAAUAUUUACAUGUAACUUUCAUUUCACUAGCACUUCUGAACACCUGCCUCAAUCUCUCAUUUGGGUAUAAAGAGUGAAUAAUGUGACUUUCGUUUUUGUUUUACCGUUUCAUAAAAGUUAAUACUUUUGGAACAGCCAUAAAAAUGUAACAUGAACUAGAAACAAAAUCACUUACCACAAAGUUCAAGCAACAAGCCAGCUGCAGCAAUGUGAGUUGUGUCAUGCUGAUAUUCUUUUCGCAGUUUUCCGCGUUAGAUUGCUUACUUGAAGCCAAGAAAAUGCAAAGCCAACUUUUCAGGUUUUUAUACAUAUUUUUGGAAUAUAAAGACUGAAAGUUAUUUUUCCCAAUAAUGCUCUAAACAUACACUGUUUAUAUGUGCAAACAUUAUACUUGUUAUAUAUGCUCAUUUGAUUUGAUUUUAUUCUGCAUAAAAACAAGGAGGUGUUCUCACCUGCAGCUAACUGGGAAGUAUUUACAAAAGGCAAAUUUAUUUAUACUGAAAAUGUGUCGUACCAAAAUCACAUGACUAGCCUUGUUUGUCAGUAGGACUAGUCAAGUAGCCUAGUACGUGACUCUGCAUUCAGUUUGUAUCUGUAUAAAUAUUGAAGUCGCUGCUAUUCAAUGAAUUGCACGUGUCUCCCCUCACGAUGCACCACUCAGAAAGGCUCACAGCAAGCAGACUUCAGGGCAGAAUAAUCAUUUUUAGUAAACUUAAGAGGAUCUCCUAAAAUACUUUUUUAGGAAUGAACAUACAAUGAAAAGUGUUGAUUUACUUAUUUGUGUUUAUGACAAGAGUUUGGCCACAGCUUAAUAUUUAAAAAGUGACAAAAAACAAAAGAAUGGCAAUAACGUUAAUUCUUAAUGUGAAGAGAGAGUUUUUUUAUUUAUUAUUUUAUCUUGGUGUUUACCACAAGUAAAAUUUUUACCCACGACUUUAUGCCUUUUGGCCUUUACUUCUACAUAAUUUGAGUGAAAAUCAGAACAUGCGGUCCAUUAUUCGAUUACACGAUACUUGUUUAAGUGACUUCAGCAGCAGAGAGCAAAUUGCUCUCUUUGUCUGGAUUUCUCAUGUUGUGUGCUUGGACCGUCAUGAUGGUGGUGUCCAUGAAGGACGAUUGUUAAAGUAAAGUUUAGAUCCUCUUUGAUUGAAGUGGUUUGUUGGUGUGCCUGCGUUCAUCUGGUUUUGUAGUUUUAGCGGUUUCAUUUCAAAUUGGAUUCCAAUACAAAUAUGUCAACUGUGUGGUUUUUUUUUUUUGUACCUUUUGCACAGAAUAGUAACAAUAAAAUGCUACUUAGCCUUUGGUGCCUUAGAAACAGAGUAUUGGAAAAUAUGAAAGUACUGUACAUAAUGUAAAUACUGCCACAAAAAUGGAGGCCAAAUAUUUUCAGUAUUCGGUUUUUACAGCUGUUUGCUUUCUUUUGCAAUCAAAUCUGUUUUUUUUCUGGCUUUUUACUAGUGAUGGAAAUAGAAGCUUAUGUAAAGGUUUUCUUUCAAUAAACUGAAGUUUGUUAAGGAACAAAA